GACUCCACGUGUGAGAGUCCCCGUGCCAUCAAGCUCCCAGGCAGGAGAAUUUUUUUUUUUUUUUUUUUAUCCUUAAGCCCCUUGGCUCAGUACCUGACACUAAGUAGGACUGUCAGUAAAAUAUUUGCUGAGUUAAAUUUACUUGAGUUUUCCAAAAAGUCGCCGUCUUUCAGUGAUUCAGUGAUUCUCUUCAGAGGGAUAGCCAACUAAUUGUUUCAGAGGCUUCCUUGGAUAUUCCUGCCACUGCUAACAGCUGCCAUCUCUUCAGCAUCUACUGUGUAUCAGACUGAAGGACCUGGAGCUAGCUGCUGUGGGCGGAUCAGACGUCCAUGUGAGGAUGCUGGCGGCCCCUAUCAAUCCAUCUGACAUAAAUAUGAUCCAAGGAAAUUAUGGUCUCCUUCCCAAGCUGCCUGCUGUUGGAGGGAAUGAAGGUGUUGGACAGGUGGUGGCAGUGGGCAGCAGUGUGACUGGGGUGAAGCCGGGAGACUGGGUGAUUCCAGCAAAUGCCGGUUUGGGAACCUGGCGGACUGAGGCUGUGUUCAGCGAGGAAGCACUGAUCGGAGUUCCAAGUGACAUCCCUCUUCAGAGCGCCGCCACCCUGAGUGUCAAUCCCUGCACGGCCUACAGGAUGUUGAUGGACUUUGAGCAGCUGCAGCCAGGAGACAGUGUCAUCCAGAAUGCGUCCAACAGUGGAGUGGGGCAAGCAGUCAUUCAGAUCGCCACAGCCCUGGGCCUGAGGACCAUCAAUGUGGUCCGAGACAGGCCUGACAUCCAGAAGCUGACUGACAGACUGAAGAGUCUAGGGGCCGAGCAUGUUCUCACAGAAGAGGAGCUAAGGAAGCAUGAAAUGAAAAAUUUCUUUAAGGACAUGCCCCAGCCCCGACUUGCUCUCAACUGUGUUGGCGGGAAAAGCUCCACAGAGCUGCUGCGACACUUAGCGCCUGGGGGAACCAUGGUGACCUACGGGGGAAUGGCCAAGCAGCCUGUCAUAGCCUCUGUGAGCCAGCUCAUUUUUAAGGAUCUCAAGCUUCGAGGCUUUUGGUUAUCCCAGUGGAAGAAGGACCACAGUCCAGCCCAGUUCAAGGAGCUGAUCCUCACACUGUGCAGUCUCAUCAGCCGAGGCCAGCUCACGGCCCCUGCCUGCUCCGAGGUCCCACUGCAGGACUACCAGCGUGCCUUGGAAGCCUCAAUGCAGCCCUUCGUGUCUUCAAAGCAGAUUCUGACCAUGUGCUAAUCGCAUAGGAGCCAGAGUGAGGUGGGAGGGAAGACGGAUCGGUAGGACUGGUUUCGGGCCCCUCGGUCAGGGCCCUCAGCUUUCCCCAGGCUGCCCUCUGACUAGGGGGGUUGUGAAGCCAGCCAGGGCCAGCCCCUGGGUAUCUAAUAAAGUCUGAACUUCCUAAGAACAGACACACAAAACCAACAGAAGUCAUCCCUGUCGAGAAGAACCCUCAGUUGUGCACCUGCCAUUCCAGCAUUAAGAAGCCCCCUUGCCCAUCCUCCAACUUGUCCUCCAGCGAUGAUUUCCUGACCACCCUGAAAGCAAAGUGAGGGUGGGGACUGGCAAGUACAAAAGCCAGUAGGAUGCAGUCUCCACCCCCCAGGCUGUCCCAGAGGAAUAGAAAGGAAGGUUUGACUCAUUCUGGGUGGUGCGGGGCUCCGUGUGGGACGGGAGGAGGAUCAGCUACCUGAGAGGGUGAAUGCCAGGCUAAGGAGCCAAGGAGUCGGGGUCUCAGGUGGCUGGACCACCCUCCUGGAAUGUCUGUCCUAACUGGGGAAAUAGUUGUUACACCAGUGCUUCUCAACCUGAAGUCAUUUUACCCCCAAGGACGUUUGACAGUGUCUGGAGACGUUUUCAGUCAUAAUUGACAGGGUGCGAUCGGCAUCUAGUGGGUAGAGAUCAGUGAUGCUGCUCAGAUAGCAUCUGGUGCACAGAACAGCCUUCCUCAACAGAAUGAUCCAGCCCAAGAUGUCCAUAGUGCCACUGUUGAGAAACCCUGAAUUAAGCUAACAGUCCCACAAUCACUGCCCUGGUGAUUCAAGUGCUAAAGAAGAUGCAUGCGAAGUGCUAUGAUGGCAUAACUGAGGUCUUGUCCUAGGCCUGGAGUCAGGGGAGCCUUCCUGACAUGAAAGUGGGUUCUGAAAAUGAGUAGCUUUAUUCAGAGAAAGAGAAGAGUUUGACAUCAUGUGACUUUUUGUGUUUCCCUUAUGAUCCACUCACCCUGAUGGAAAAAAACUAGAGACUCGGGAAUGUUCCCUGGUCUCCGGGCCUACUUUCUCUUAGCUCAAGAGCCUCUUUCAAGGAGUAUUUACUAGAUACCCAGUGUGUGCCUGAGGCUAGGGAUGCCUGUGAGGGGGCGGAGGCAGGGGCUGGCCCUCUGGCUGCUUAGCCUAGUGCAGGGGACCAACCUUCCCAGCAUACUAAUGAGGCCUCUGACAGAGGUGUCCAGAGGGCCCUGGAGACACGGCAACUCUGCCUGAGGGUUGAAGGAAGGCUUCGUGGAAGAAGUGUCGUCCACAGCAUAUGGUGAAAGCCAAGCAAGAAAACGUGCAUCCAGCAGAACCAGCAGCACAUGCACAAGCCUGCUUCUGCUGCCUGAGGUUGGAGAGUGUGAGGGCUGAGGUGGGAGCUGUGGGUACAGGUCAGAGCAGGAAGGUUCGAGAAUUCAGGACUUACCCUUCAGAACUGGCGAGGCACAGAGGGGUUUUCAGCAGCAGGGUGAUAUGGGAAAACUGGCUCAGAAGACCAGAGGGCACCCAGGCUUAUCACAGACACGUACGUAGGCCCCUGACCUAAUGCUCUUGCCUUUGGGAGCAUCUUGUGUGUCCUCUGGAGAAAAGGACUUGGCUUCAGCCCAGAGCUGGGGAAGGUCUGCACGUGUCCUCUUGAUAAGAGUUGCUACCUUGUGCACGUAGGCUCAGGAUCAGCCCCAGCUUGCCCAAGUCCCUCCCGUCCCCUGUCUUCUGUCCUUGAAAAAAACGCCUGAGAGGGUGGAGGAGGCUGCCCAAAGGCUACAGGAAUGAACG